GUGUGUGUAAGAGAGAGAGUGUGUGUGUAAAAGAGAGAGAAAGUGUGUUAGCGACUGUCGUCAUGUUUUUUCGAGGAAUUUUACACAAGACACUUCGACACAUGUCAACCUCACAGCAGACCGGCAUCCUCUUUGAUGUGGACGGCGUCCUGCUUCGUGGACGCUCGGUCAUUCCCGCCGCUCAGCGAGCGCUACGGAAGCUUCUGGACCCAAACAACAACUUCCUGUUUCCUGUCGUCUUUGUCACCAACGCAGGAAGUUGUCAGAGACACCAAAAAGCCCAGCAGCUGUCUCACCUGCUUGAUGUCCAGAUCGCCCCAGAGCAGGUGGUUCUUUCCCACAGUCCUUUGCAAAUGCUGAAGACGUUUCAUGAUAAAUGCGUCCUUGUGUCGGGACAAGGUCCAGUGGUGGACAUCGCUAACACUUUAGGUUUUAAAAAGGUGGUGACCAUUGAGCAGCUCAGAGAACAUCGCCCCCUGCUGGACAUGGUGGAUCAUAAUAGGAGGCCAACACUUCCUUCGACUCUGCAAACGCUUCCAAAAAUACAAGCAAUCAUACUGUUCGGGGAGCCAAUCAGAUGGGAGACCAACCUGCAGCUGUUGAUUGACGUGCUCUUGACCAAUGGGAGUCCUGGUUGUGAGUACGACACUCAGCCGUCGACUCAGCUGCCGGUUCUCGCCUGUAACAUGGACCUGAUGUGGAUGGCCGAGGCCCCGUCUCCACGGUUUGGUCACGGGAUGUUCUUGCUAUGUCUGGAGUCCGUCUACAGGAAGCUGACGGGUCGUGAGCUGCAGUACCAGGCGCUGCUGGGAAAACCCAGUCUGCUCACGUACCAGUACGCAGAACACCUGCUGCGUCAGCAGAACCACAACCGCACCAUCACAACCAUCUAUGCCAUUGGUGAUAACCUGAUGACAGACGUCUACGGUGCUAACCUGUACAACCGUCACUUGGCUCAGCAGCGUGCUGACACCGUCACCACCAGGUUGGUUGCCCAGGGAACGGGCAGUCAGGUGACCGUCGCUCAGCCGGAGGAGGAGCUGACGUCGACGGCUGCUCAGUGUCGAUCCAUACUGGUGUGCACAGGUGUCUUUAACCCUCGCUCUCCGCUGCUGAGCGACAGGAUCAGCCUUGUGUCAGAGACUGUGUUCCAUGGUCACAGAGACCUUGUCCUGGAGCCAGAUCUGGUGGAACCGAGUCAUGUGGUAGUGGAUGUGGAGGCAGCCGUGGACCUGCUGCUGCAGGGAGAGGCCUCUCUCCGACCUCUGACCCUCUUUGAUAUAUAGAUUGAAUUGAACGUAUAAUAUCCUUUAACUGAAUAAUAAACGUGUGAAACUUAUAACAAAGAUCAUAAAACUAACAUUUAUUUCACUCAUGUAUGAAAAUGUUCUUUAAUAAAGUUUCUUUUCCACA